AUGUCUCCGGUUGUCUCUCCUAGGUUGAUGGCAUUGCCUGUGAACUUUCAUCCACUGUCAGGAACAACAUCGUCACGAAUGGACCCAGCUUAUUACCCCAUUACAACAGGGCCCGAGAACUUUCCCCGCCGAAGUGCGACUUCUUCUCAGCCUCCCUACUAUGGAAGCCCUCCAAACGCUCCCCUAGUUUAUCAGCAAAGGUAUACUAUAGCAUCUUCCUCAUGUACAACCUCAUUUAGGCCUCCCACUGAGAGCUCCCUGACCCUUUAUAGCGGAACUCGCAGCUUCCCAGCAGGUCAAAAUUUCCCGGACAUACGAUCACAAGCAGCCAGUCAACUCAACUACCAGUCUUACUACAAUCCUAUUCCCGCUCCUACUGCCCCUGGGUAUAGGCGCUACUCCAGCGUAUCCGGUAAUGUUCCUCCAGCCCCCAUUGGCCCGCCACCGCGUCCAGUCUCCGUCCAUACGGAGUGGGAUUCGCCAACCCGGGUUUCUCCAGAUUCCGUCAUGCGGGAGCCGCAGUCUCCAAGGUCUUUGGAUACAUCAGAGUACUCCGUGGAGAUGGCCAAGUCUCGCCAUGGAGACAAGUCAAGGGGCACAGUCAAAUACCACUCCCAGAGACGGCCGUCCAAUCGUGAUGAAUUUGAUGGACCCCAUCAGCUUCUGGAUCCUCCAUCACCGCGAACGAUCGCAGCCCAGGACCGGGAGUUGCCUAGUUUGCCUACUCAUCUUGAUGUUUCGGAGCAAGAUGACAUCCUGUGUAAAGUGAAUGACUGUCUAUCCCAAUGUGCUUUCAAUUUCGUUGCCAGAUAUCAGUUUCCGAUCCCCAUCGAGCCGGACAAAAGACAGGUGAGGGUUCCAGCGGACCGGGAAUGGACAGAGUGGGUUUAUCUUUUGAAAAGACUGGCCACCAAGCGUCGGAUUCCAGCCCGGGUACUGUACAAUGGCCAGAUAAAACAGCUUGUUACCGUAUUGGAAAACUCCCUGGAGAUGCGACAUGCUGCCAAGCAUCAGUCGAGACCCGUGAAGGAUGACCGCAACAUUCUCCAGCUUAUUUCCGCCGGAACCCAGGUUGCAAAGAUUCUGAAGGAUGCUGUCGCCAUGGAGUACCUGGAUCGUCUUUAUACGGAUACCGAAAAGCUGAUUCAAGACCGAAAGGACCGUAAGGCCAGAUUACCGACCUCAUGA